AUGAUAUUUGUUGGAGAGUUUCCGUUCGCCCCCGUGUACUGUCUGGCGUGGAUAUGUCUGGACGUGUUGUUCUGCACGGCAAGUAUAAUGCACUUGUGUACGAUCAGCGUGGACCGGUACUUGAGCCUGAGGUAUCCUAUGAAAUUCGGCCGGAACAAGACGCGACGAAGGGUGAUACUGAAGAUCGUGUUCGUGUGGUUGCUGUCGAUAGCUAUGAGUUUGCCGCUGAGCCUCAUGUACUCAAAAGACUUCGACUCGGUGCUAGUAAAUGGUUCUUGCCAGAUACCCGAUCCAUUGUACAAACUGAUUGGAUCGAUUGUGAGUUUUUACAUUCCACUAGGCGUCAUGUUACUCACGUACACGCUGACCGUCCGACACUUGGCUGCGAAGAAGCAAAACUUGCAGACUGGCUUCACGCACAAUUCGAAUCAAAACAAUACGAGGAGGAGCUGGCGACGUAUGUUGCGCCGAAACUACCGGAGGACCCGGUCAGACGAGACGGACAUCCGGUCUGCGACCGGUGAAGAACUGACCAGCGUGAUGGCGUCGUCGACGGGCGGUGGUGGUGGUGGCGGUCGGAAGCAAAAGGGUCACGGCGAUUCGACGGCCGGAGCGGGCACAACGAGGCCCGGCGGCAGCAACGGUGCGCUGGCCUCGGGUUCGCGGUCCACGGCCACGGCCGAAGACGAUAGCGGGGCCGCGGACAGCGUGGACGACAGCCCGCGGUCCGGUCACCACCACCGUCACAACAAUCGCGAUCACCACCACCGGCCGAUGACUCCGGGCACGAGUUGUCGGGGCACGCCGCGGCCGUUCAGGCACAACCCGUCGGUCGGGUCCACCGACACGGAAAUGACUUCGCUGGACGCCCGCGAGCUGUGGCUACCCGACACCGAGCCCACGCCGUCCACCAUGUCGGCCCUGCACCAGUUCGGUGCAGAAAUGCUGCGGCUGUCCCGCGGCCUGGAGAAGGUCGCCUCGCCCGAGUCCAAGCCGGCAUCCCCCGACACGUCCAGAUUGUCGGACAACGGAGGUGGCCUGGACGACGACGACGACGACGAUGACGACGACUAUGGUUUAUGUAACGUUGACGACAUGGACGACGAAGAAGAAUAUUAUGAAGAAGAAGAAGUAGAAGUAGAAAGUGGAGGUGCUUGCGAUUCGAUGUGCUCAGAAAACGCAUCUCCUUGCACCGGGACGCCACGGUGUAGGCGGGCCAAGCGGCAGCGGCGGCGGCGGCGGCGACGGUCCGGCACGUUGCACGAGUCGAUGCGCCGGCGGUUCGACGGUCCCAACCGCCACCGCCAUCUGCACCAUCACCACCACGCACACACAUAUCACCACCAUUCGCACCCCGAGCAGCAGCAGCACCACCACCAGGGGCGACCCACGCGAGUCCGAAGCUUUCACGAAGACGAACUGACCAGGAACCGGACCGGACCCACCUCGUCGGACGUCACCGGGACGGCAGCUGUGGAUAGUGGGCCAAAAAUCGUAGGGACGCUGCUCAAACAGGAAUACCAACGGAAACCAGGUCUGGACGAAGAGAUCUGUCUGCUGCCACCGCCGCCUCGUCGACGGCAGCGGCGUGGACGUUCUGCGUCCGCGAACAGUGGCGGUUCUGGCACACGUAAUGUGACAGCGGCAUCAGUGACGUCACCGUCCCCGUCGCCGGUUUCGGCGGCACUACCAGCACAGACGACGCCGCUGCCUCAAAGGCAUCCACAGCCGCAGCAGCAGCAACAGAAGACUGCCACGCGUGUCGACACACUGACCGUGUGGUCGGCUGCGUCCAACGCGUCCAAGACGACGACGUUAGAGGUGGCCGCAGUAGGUGGCCAACCGUUGCGCCGGGCCAUGACGCAAAAGCCAAUACGAAAGCAGACGCCGACCACGAACACGACGUCAGCCACUGGAAAACGUCACUCGCCACUGGUCCGAUACGGGUCCACGCUGGGCCUGCCGUCGCGACAGCAGCAGCAAACGUCGCCACAACGGUCGAACAACGCGAGCCGGUCAAGCGUCAUGAUCCGCAACUCGUACCGUCACGGCCGCAUCAUCCGGCUAGAGCAGAAGGCCACCAAGGUGUUGGGCGUCGUGUUCUUCACGUUCGUGUUUCUCUGGACACCGUUCUUUGCGCUCAACAUGCUGCCGUACUUGUGCCCGAACUGCGAGGCCGACAUCAGCAAGGGCCUCAUCGACCUGGUCACGUGGCUGGGCUACGCCAGUUCUAUGGUCAACCCAGUGUUCUAUACCAUAUUCAACAAGGUGUUCCGGCAGGCGUUCAAGCGGGUGCUUAUGUGCAAGUACCGCGGCCGCAGCAAGCGGCACUCGUGGCCACCUCCACCACCAGCCAGGAAGGUCUGA